ACAAAGUUAAGGAUUAGCCUAACUUGGACUUUUUCUCAAGUAUGACCAGAAGCGUCUCUUUCAGUACACUUCCUUCCUAAAUAAAUGGCACUUGGGAAUUGCACGCUUUCUUUCUCGUGGUCGUGGACAACUACACCACCACUCUCUCCCAUGUCUGCAACAGCCCUAAUUUGCCACAAUCCCUCUUCCUAUUUUCUGGGAUCGAAUUUGCUUAAACAAAGAUACUUCAAAAAUAAUAGUUUUUCUGCUUCAAGAUCAUUCCUUUGUCGCGGCUUUGUUCCAAGGAAACCUGUUUUGGGAAGGAACACACUCUGGGUAUCAAACAAUAUGAAUGAAUCCACAGGAACUUCUGCUUUCAGAGAUGGAAAGAGCGAUGAUAACAUUCAAGUGCUUGAACAAGAAGCUUUCAUUGAUGGGACAUCCGAGUUUCAGCCCAAGUUUUUGUCUCAAGAGGUGGAAUCAACGCUCAAUCGACUGAGCAAGUGGAUAGUGGCUUCCCUCUAUGGUGGUUUCAUUCUUUGGAGGCAUGAUGCAGAAGCUUUAUGGUUUGCAGGAGGGUCUGUUUUGAAUGCUUUGCUUUCUGUUUUGCUCAAACAUAUACUGAACCAGGAACGACCUUCAACCCUGAAAUCUGAUCCUGGGAUGCCGUCUACGCAUGCACAAUCCAUAUUCUUUACUGUCUUCUUUGUUAUUUUGUCAAAUGUAGAAUGGCUCGGGCUAAAUGGACUCACCAUUGCCAUCAGCGCACUGAUGUUGGCAUUUGGUUCUUUUUUUUCGUACCUAAGGGUGUCGCAACGACUUCAUACAAUGAGUCAAGUGCUGGUUGGAGCUGCUAUUGGGUCCAUUUUCUCUAUUUUGUGGUAUUGGCUAUGGAAUGGUUUUAUGCUGCAUGCAUUUGUUUCUUCUCUGUGGGUUAGAAUCAUUGUUGUUUUAGUGUCUGCAGGACUUUGCUUAGGUUUUGUUUUAUUUGCAAUUCGCUAUUGGCUUCAAAACGAAUAAAACUUCACUAAGACUUUACUACAUUGUAGCAUGUUCCAAUGGCUGAUGACAUCUCAUUUUGUUCAUGAUACCUAGUUAUCAAAUGAGGCUUCC